CAUAAGUAUGAAAUAAAUGACAAAAAGACAUAUUCAUGGGCGAAUAAUUCCUCAACAUCGCCGUGAUUUCCAGCGAAAUCGCAUAAAAGUGGAAAUUUUGGAUUCCCGGCGGGAAAGGAAUUCCCGGGCAGUACAUUGGGCAACACUAGAGAAAUUCGUGUUCGCGCAUCUGUCGUUCUGCUUUUCUCGCACAUUUCCCUCCAGUUUCCCAGUGAUAAUGUCCUCCACGAGGCUCUUGGGUGCUUCCCGAGUAGUCAGGCGACUCUUCUCCACAUCACGCGCGUGCAAUCAGCACGUGAGAUGCCUUCAGAGCAGAGGAAACAGGCAGUUCACCUGGACAAGAUGCAUGAGCACGGUGAAGGCCGAGGAGAGCUAUCACUCCAUCAUUAGGGACAGCGAAAAGACCACGGGGAAUGUGAAUAAGCAUGAAUUCCAGGCGGAGACGCGAAUGCUGCUUGAUAUUGUGGCCAGAUCGCUGUAUUCGGAGAAGGAAGUGUUUCUCAGGGAGUUGAUCUCGAACGCCAGUGACGCCCUGGAGAAGUUCAGAUACACCAUUCACACAGCCGGCGAGCGGGAGAAGGACUACGUGGAGACAGACAGAUCGCUGGAGAUUCACAUUGGCACUGACAAGCAGGCGAGAACGCUGGCCAUUCAGGACACUGGCAUUGGGAUGACGAAGGAGGAGUUGGUGGCCAAUCUGGGCACCAUCGCGCGCUCCGGGUCGAAGAGAUUCCUCGAGGAGAUCAGAGAGAAGGGCCAGAAUGCUGAGAACUCGUCGAAUAUCAUUGGCCAGUUCGGCGUGGGCUUCUAUUCUGCCUUCAUGGUGGCGGACAAGGUGGAGGUCUUCACCAGAUCCUCGCGAGCGGACUCUGUGGGGCUGUGCUGGAGCUCCGACGGCUCCGGCACGUAUGACAUCCAAGAGGCCGAAGGUGUGGCUGUCGGCACGAAGAUUGUGCUGCACUUGAAGCCCGACUGUCGCGAGUAUUCCGAUGAGGAUCGCGUGAAGGAGGUGAUCAAGAAGUACAGCAACUUUGUAGGCAGUUCCAUCUACCUGAACGGCCGCCGGGCGAACAAUAUCGAGCCCGUGUGGCUGCUGGAGCCCAAAGACGUCAAGCGCGAGCAGCACAACGACUUCUAUCGCUUUGUGGGCAACACUUUCGACACGCCGCGCUUCAUUCUGCACUACAAAACCGACGUGCCGCUCAGCAUCCGCGCCCUGCUGUACUUCCCGGAGGGCAAGCCCGGUCUCUUCGAUCUGUCCAGAGACGGUGACAUUGGCGUGGCUCUGUACACGCGCAAGAUCCUCAUUCAGUCGAAGACGGAGAACUUGCUGCCGAAGUGGCUGCGCUUCGUGAAGGGUGUUGUGGAUUCCGAGGACAUCCCGCUGAAUCUGAGCAGGGAAUUGCUGCAGAACAGCUCUCUGAUCCGCAAGCUGAGGAAUGUGCUGACGAACAGAGUGCUGCGCUUCCUGCAGGAUCGCGCCCAGAAGGAGCCCGAGGAGUUCGCCAAGUUCUAUCGCGACUACGGACUGUUCCUCAAGGAAGGCAUCGUGACGAGUGAGGAGCACAAGGACAAAGAGGAGAUCGCGCGCCUGCUGCGCUUCGAUUCCUCCAGAUGCACCGCAGACGCCGAGAGAGUCAGCCUGCCCGAGUACGUAGCGCGCAAGAGUGAGGAGCAGAAGGACAUCUACUACCUGGCGGCGCCCAAUCGCACCCUGGCCGAGUCCUCGCCCUACUACGAGGGGCUGAAGAAGCGCACCGUGGAAGUGCUCUUCUGCUACGAGCCCUACGACGAGCUGGUGCUGAUGCAGCUGGGCAUGUUCAUGGGCUGCAGUUUGGUGUCCGCGGAGAAGGAGAUGCGCCUGGACAAGGGCGCCACCGCAGCGACAGAUCUGGGCGAGGGAAGUCUCCUAAAGACACACGCUGAUGAUCUCUGCUCGUGGAUUCGCCAAGCGCUGGCUGGGAAGGUGGCGAAUGUCACGCUGACGUCACGUCUCGAUGCGCAUCCCUGCGUGGUGACUGUGGAGGAGAUGGCGGCCGCCAGGCACUUCAUCAGGACGCAGAGUCAUCAGCUGAGCGAGGAGAAUCGCUUCGCGCUGCUGCAGCCGCAGCUGGAAAUCAAUCCCAAGCAUGCCAUCGUGAAGAAGCUCCACAAGCUGAAGGACUCUAAUCCUGAGCUGGCCACGCUGCUCGUGGAGCAGCUCUUCGCCAAUGCCAUGGUCGGUGCCGGACUGUCUGAAGAUCCUCGGCUGCUCCUCGUGAAGAUGAACGAUUUGCUCGUCAAGGCACUGGAGCCGUUCUAAAGCGAGGGGGAAUUUUCUGCAUUCUGUCUGUUAUUGUAAAAUAAUAAAUAAAAAUGCUAUUUUAGUGUCCUUAAAUAGUACAGCUUGGACGUCGAGUGAUAAUUGAUUUUUCCCCUCUUAGAUUCGCUGUAUUUUAUUCAAUUUUGCUAUAAUUAGCGAUAGAAAGCUCAAUUUUCAGCAUUUUCACGUGACUUUAAAUGCUUUAAUUAUUGAGUUUAUUUUCAAUUGAAAUAAAUCUUGAU